AUGGCCAGUCACAGCGCUAUCCAUCCAUGGCCAGUCACAGUGCUAUCCAGCAAUGGCCAGUCACAGCGCUAUAAAUCCAUGGCCAGUCACAGUGCUAUCCAGCAAUGGCCAGUCACAGCGCUAUCCAUCCAUGGCCAGUCACAGCGCUAUCCAUCCAUGGCCAGUCACAGCGCUAUCCAUCCAUGGCCAGUCACAGAGAUAUCCAUCCAUGGCCAGACACAGCGCUAUCCGUCCCUGGCCAGAAACAGCGCUAUCCUUCCCUGGCCAGAAACAGCGCUAUCCGUCCAUGGCCAUUUACAGCGCUAUAAAGCCAUGGCCAGUCACAGCGCUAUCCAGCCAUGGCCAGUCACAGCGCUAUCCAGCCAUGGCCAGACACAGCGCUAUCCGUCCCUGGCCAGACACAGCGCUAUCCGUCCCUGGCCAGAAACAGCGCUAUCCGUCCCUGGCCAGAAACAGCGCUAUCCGUCCCUGGCCAGAAACAGCGCUAUCCGUCCCUGGCCAGAAACAGCGCUAUCUGUCCAUGGCCAGUCACAGCGCUAUAAAGCCAUGGCCAGUCACAGCGCUAUAGGUCCACGGCCAGUCACAGCGCUAUCCGUCCAUGGCCAGUCACAGCGCUAUCCGUCCACGGCCAGUCACAGCGCUAUCCGUCCAUGGCCAGUCACAGCGCUAUCCAGCCAAGGCCAGUCACAGCGCUAUAGGUCCACGGCCAGUCACAGCGCUAUCCGUCCAUGGCCAGUCACAGCGCUAUCCGUCCACGGCCAGUCACAGCGCUAUCCGUCCAUGGCCAGUCACAGCGCUAUCCAGCCAAGGCCAGUCACAGCGCUAUCCAUCCACGGCCAGACACAGCGCUAUGCAGCCAGGCCAGUCACAGCGCUAUCCGUCCACGGCCAGUCACAGCGCUAUGCAGCCAUGGCCAGUCACAGCGCUAUCGGUCCACGGCCAGUCACAGCGCUAUCGGUCCACGGCCAGUCACAGCGCUAUCCGGCCAAGGCCAGUCACAGCGCUAUCCGUCCAUGGCCAGUCACAGUGCUAUCCAUGGCCAGUCACAGCCAGUGGCGUACAUACCAGGGUCGCCCCUGUGACCCGGUGUGUACCCACAGGGCCAGCCUCUUCUCCUGGUGGCCACCCAAGGCCCCCCCGAGGCUGGCCCUGCUGACCCCGGCGGGCGGGCAGGCUGGCUGUCUGGGUGGCGCGAGGGAGCACUCUCCCCUGAGUGCUUCCUCUUCAGCUCCCUCGCGCACCGCACUGAUGCCGGAGCCGGAAGAUGACAUCAUCUUCCGGUGCCGGCAUCCCUACGCGGCGCGCGAGGGAGCUGAAGAGGAAGCACUCAGGGGAGAGUGCUCCCUCGUGCGCCGGCCGGCCACCCAGACAGCCAGCCUGCCCGCCCAGGAGCCCAGCAGCACCAGCACUGGACCCUAGGGAAUCCCCCCAGCACUCCAAAAGGUAAGGAGGCUGGGGGGGGGUUAAAUUUAAAAAAAAAAAAAUGUGUGUGUGUGUUAGUGUAUGUGUUUGUGUGUUAGUGUAUGUGUGUGUUAGUGUGUGUUUGUGUGUUAGUGUUUGUUUGUGUGAGUGUCAGUGAGUGUGUCUGUUAUAGGGUGUGUGUCAGUGAGUGUGUCUGUUAUUGGGUGUGUGUCUGCUAGUGAGUGUGUUACUGUGUGUGUCUGUUACUGUGUGUGUUUGAUGUCUGUUAGUGAGUGUGUGUUUGUCAGUGAAAGUGUAUGUUUUGUAAGUCAGUGUGUAUGUAUGUCAGUAAAUUUGUGUGUCUGUUAGCUAGUGUGUAUGUGUCUGUUCGUGAGAAUGUGUAUGUGUGUGUCUUCAGCAUUUACCUUUCUCCAGCGUCGGACUCCUUUGGCACUGCGGGUACCUCCGCCUCUCAGCUCCGAAUGCUUACUCAAUGCUUUCCUAUGGACGUUCAGUGUCUUCUCACUGUGAUUUUCACAGUGAGAAUCGUGGAAGCUCCUCUAGCAGCUGUCAAUGAGACAGCCACUAGAGGCUGGAUUAACCCUCAGUGAAACAUAGCAGUUUCUCUGAAACUGCUAUGUUUUCAGCUGCAGGGUUAAAACUAGAGGGACCUACACCCAGACCACUUCAUUGAGCUGAUGUGAUCUGGGUGUCUGUAGUGGUCCUUUAAGUGUGUGUGCAUACCGCGGUCGCGGGGUCGCAGCCCUGCAACUCCUGCGACCAGGUGCCCGCCACCAUGUGUUGCGGCCCCGACCCGCGCCGAGUAAGCGCGGGGGGGAGCCCACGGAUCAAUUUUCGCACCGGGGCCCCAUGGGCAGUGGCGUACAUACCAGGGUCGCAGGGGUCGCGGCUGCGACCGGGCCCGGCCCACCAGGGGGCCCGGCCGCCCCUGCGACCCGGUAUGUACCCACAGGGCCAGCCUCUUCUCCUGGGGGGCCCAGGAGGCGGCCACCUCAGGCCCCCCCGAGGCUGGCCCUGCUGACCCGGGCGGGCUGGCUGGCCCGGCGCGUGAGGGAGCACUGAGUGCUUCCUCUUCAGCUCCCUCGCGCACUGCACUGAUGCCAGCGCCGGAAGAUGACGUCAUCUUCCGGCGCCGGCAUCCCUAUGCGGCACGCGAGGGAGCUGAAGAGGAAGCACUGAGUGCUCCCUCGCGCGCCGGCCACCCAGCCAGCCCGCCCGGGUCAGCACCACUGGACCCCAGGGAAUCCCCCCAGCACUCCAAAAGGUAAGGAGGCUGGGGGGAUUAAAUUUUAAAAAAAAAUGUGUGUGUGUGUUAGUGAAUGUAUAUGUAUGUGUGUGUGUGUUAGUGUAUUUAUGUAUGUGUGUGUGUGUUAGUGUAUUUAUGUAUGUGUGUGUGUGUGUUAGUGUAUGUAUGUGUGUGUGUGUGUUAGUGUAUGUAUGUGUAUGUGUGUGUUAGUGAAUGUAUGUGUAUGUGUGUGUUAGUGAAUGUAUGUAUGUGUGUGUGUGUGUGUGUUAGUGUAUGUGUGUGUGUUAGUGAAUGUAUGUGUGUGUUAGUGAAUGUAUGUGUGUGUGUGUUAGUGUAUGUAUGUGUGUGUGUGUUAGUGUAUGUAUGUGUGUGUGUUAGUGAAUGUAUGUGUUAGUGAAUGUAUGUGUGUGUGUGUUAGUGAAUGUGUGUGUGUGUUAGUGAAUGUGUGUUAGUGUAUGUGUGUAUGUUAGUGUCUGUGUAUGUUAGUGUGUGUGUGUGUGUUAGUGUAUGUGUGUGUGUGUUUUAGUGUUUGUUUGUGUUAGUGAGUGUGUCUGUUAUUGGGUGUGUGUAUGCUAGUGAGUGUGUUACUGUGUGUGUCUGUUACUGAGUGUGUUUGAUGUCUGUUAGUGAGUGUGUAUGUAUGUCUGUCGCUGAGUGUGUCUCUGUCAGUAAAUGUGUGCGUCUGUUAGCUAGUGUGUAUGCGUCUGUUCGUGAGAGUGUGUGUGUGUGUGUCUUCAGCAUUUAUCUUUCUCCAGCGUCGGACUCCCUUGGCGCUGGGGAUCCCUCCGCCUCUCAGCUCUGAAUGCACAUGCGCGGCAAGAGGCGCACGCGCAUUUAAACCGCCCAUAGGAAAGCAUUACUCAAUGCUUUCCUAUGGACGUACAGUGUCUUCUCACUGUGAUUUUCACAGUGAGAAUCGCGGAAGCUCCUCUAGCAGCUGUCAAUGAGACAGCCACCAGAGGCUGGAUUAACCCUCAGUGAAACAUAGCCGUUUCUCUGAAACGGCUAUGUUUUCAGCUGCAGGGUUAAAACUAGAGGGACCUGGCACCCAGACCACUUCAUUGAGCUGAUGUGAUCAGGGUGUCUGUAGUGGUCCUUUAAGUGUGUGUGCAUACCGCGGUCGCGGGGUCGCAGCCCUGCAACCCCUGCAACCCCUGCGACCAGGUGCCCGCCACCAUGUGUUGCGGCCCCGAUCCACGCCGAGUAAGCGCGGGGGGGGAGGCCCACGGAUCAAUUUUCGCACCGGGGCCCCAUGGAUCAUGUGUACGCCACUGGUCACAGCGCUAUCCGUCCACGGCCAGUCGCAGCGCUGUCUAUAGAGCCAGUGUUAUUCCCUAUGUUAUUCUAUUUGCACAGAGCCGUGUCAGUGAAUCAGACAAGGUGUGGCUGUUGUUGUGCGCUGUGUGAGAGCUGCUCCAUCCAUCACUCCGCUCAGGUGACACGGGAAGUUCCAGGCCGUGACCGUUGCUAAGGAGCUGUUGCUAGGGGCGGGCCGGCCGGUGCCGGGUAGCAGCUGGGUCACAUGACAGGUCGGUCUUGUGACAUUUCUCACAUCCAGUCAUGGCAGCCGCGGGGUUCCUCGCUCUCUGCGCUCUCCUGGCAGCUCUCCUGCCCCCGGCCCUCGCCCGGUACGAGCCCACCUGGGACUCGCUGGACAAGCGGCCGCUCCCGCCGUGGUUCGACGAGGCCAAGUUCGGGAUAUUCCUGCACUGGGGGGUGUUCUCGGUGCCGUCCUUCGGGAGCGAGUGGUUCUGGUGGAACUGGCGGCAUGAGAAGAGCAAGUCCUACAUGGAGUUCAUGGAGGACAACUACCCGCCCGGAUUCACCUACGCAGACUUCGCCUCUCAGUUCACUGCAGAGUUCUUCGACCCGGACGAGUGGGCCGAACUGUUCCAGGCUGCUGGGGCUCGGUAAGGGGAACCGGGGAAACCUGGCUCUAGCUGUAAUAGGAAGCAACAGGUAAAUCCUCUGCAAAAACUACAACUCCCAUGAUUUCAACUGGUAGAAAGCUGGCAAAGCAUCAUGGGAGUUGUAGUUCUGCAACUGCUAGGGGUGUUCUUAAUCACCCAAAAGUUUCCUCCAUGGCAGGGAGUGGGAGGAUAGGUUGGGUUACAAUAAAAUACAAGGUGUGGGACAGGCUGAGUAAGGCAGGGCUUCCAGCUGGCUGCUCUCCAGUGUUUUGACAGGCAGAUUAAAAUUGUUAGUGGCUUUUCCCUACAUAUCUGUGAGCUGUUUUUCAUUGAACAUAAAUGGGAAACGUAGUUUACAGUUUAUUAUUAUUGAUAACUUUUUUCACUGCGCUUUACAGUAUUGUGAAGGGAGGAAAUUUAAUAACAAAUGAGACAUUUACAAAAUGUUGCAGGAACAAUAGGUAAAUGAGGAACAUGCUCAAACUAGCUUACAGUCUAGAGGAGUAAAGCAUAAAGACGCAAUAGGAAGGGAUUGUCUGGGUUGUCAAAAAUUGCCAUCACUGCUUUUAGAUCUAGAGCCUAAUCCUGGCAUGUAAAAGUGUCAUAGAAAGUACAGAGAGCUACAUCAUUGCUUGUGCCUUAAAACUCAACAAUCUUUUAUUAAUUGCAUGUAUCUGUGUAUUAUCUGCUUCAGAUAGGUGACUUAAAUGGCUCCAAUAUCUUGCAGGGUUUCACUGAUGUUAAUGUAAAACGAUACUUUAUAUAUUUACCAUAAUUAAGACAGUCAUGGCUAGCCAAAAGUACCGUAGCACUUAUAGGUUGACAUAACCAUAACCACUGGAGUGCCAUCUCACAUAAACACUCAGGAGUAGGACUUGUCUUAUGUGAUUAGAGUAUGCCAGCAUACAAACCAUUUACAUUUAACCUAAAUGCUAAUCUAAAAAAAAAUGCUUAACGAAAAACAUAAUGCCAUUAAAGUGUGUAUAAGUGUAAAUUAUAAUGACUUUUCCCUUUCUUCUUCACACAUGCUCCUGCCCAUGUGUUAUGGUUUUUAUGAUUUGCUUUAUAGACCAAGAUGCGUGUUGAAGACAGUAAUUGCCUUAACUUUUAUUAGUCGUACAUUUUGCGUAUUAAUCUUUAAAUAAGCAAGGAGCGGCUAUAUUUUCUAUAGUACUAUUAGAAAAAACAAGCCCAGUACAAACAGGAAGUUCAGAAGACUUAUUUUUUGCUUUGUGUUCUGGUGCUUUUUUACAUUUUUACUUCCUUUCAUUUUGAAAUUUCUCACCCAGCUAUGUAGUCCUGACCACUAAGCACCAUGAAGGAUUUACCAACUGGGGUUCUCCAGUUUCCUGGAACUGGAAUUCUGUGGAUACUGGGCCUCAUCGUGACCUCGUGGGGGACUUGGGAACUGCCCUGAGAAAAAGGUUUGUAAGUGUGGAGGCUUUUGCCAGAUGCCAUACAUAUAAAAGUCCUGUAUUACAAUCUAGCUAUGUAACUGUACAUUGUUUCUAUAAUAAACAUUUUUGCCCUUUUGCCCUCUUUUUUAAACAGGUCUUUUUAUUUUUUUAAUGUACCUCUACAUCGUUUCUAUAAUAAACAUUUUUGUUUGUUUGUGCCCUCCCUUUUUCUUUUAAUAUAACAGGCCUUCCCAAAUGUAAUUUUCAGCACACCUCAACCGAUUUAUGCCCCUCACAUAAUCUGGCUUUUGUCCCAGCCAUAAAUUGGAAGCCAGCCUGGAGUUGUGAGAGGGGCUAUAAGGCCAUAUAGUCCUGGCUUCCCUCCCCUCUAGGGUGUCGUUGUGUAUUCUUUGCCCCAACCCUACUGGGGUCUUUUGGUCUUUAGAAUUCGUUAUUCUCAUGCUCAUGGAAUAUUACAGCGGGUGGUGGAUUAAGAACACAUUCCUGUACAGACAGUGUAAUAGUUCUAAAACUAUUGUUCCAAAUAAAAAAAGGAAAUACUUUGAACGUGUCCCAAGGUGGGCUCACAUUGGAAAUCAGUGCACAAAUUAAUAUAUACAAUCACAGAUUCAAUCCCCCAGCUCACCCUUGAAAUUUUACAUUUUUUUAAAAUUCUUUAUUUUUGUUGUGCAUGGUUCUAACAGCCAGGUUUACUAUGCAUUAGUAAACAUGAGGAAAUUGAGUACAUCACUUUACAAGGCAUAUAUGUGGAACUGCACAUUUUAUGAACAUUAAUUAAGCAAAUUUGGAAAAGUCAGGUCUAUAGGGUGAGUCUGUAAGUGUAUGAGUAGUGGGGUUCUGUGUCCGCCUUAAGCGUGUGUGCUGAUGAGUGUUAUUGAGGUUGUCAAGUGCGUCUUUUGUCGGUAGAUUAGUGAUUGCGCCAGGAGCAGUUAAAACAAUUUGGUAAUUUUAAAUAAAUAAAAAGCGAUAGUCAUUAGUGUGACGUAUUAAGUAAACUUAAGUAGAAGACCCAACUGGGAUAUUAAGUAUGUCAAGCGUUCAGGUCACAGAGUCCCCUGUUCUCCCAGGUACAAAAGGGGCGAUUUGUGAUACAUCCCAGACAUGGUUGGUGGGGGAAGAUGGUUGUGUCUCAGAAAGUCCCAGGGCUUGCAGGAUGUUCAGGCCCUCCAAUGGUCCUAUUGCCUUGUGGGUGGCCCCAUCUUUAGUGACCGUGAGAGGCCUAGGGUAGGUCCACCGAUAGGCAAGUCCAACCUUCUGUACAGACAGUGACUUUAUUAUUUAUAUAUUUUUAUUAUUUAUCUCAUCAGUUACAUUUUUGGUAACAGAAUUGGUAGAUAAAAUUAGUAUAUUAAGCAAAACGCUUUAAUCUUACACAUAUUAGAAUCAAUCUGUAAUUCUUAUAAAAAUGUUAGUUUGAUUCUGUAGCCUGAUUUUAUGUUUGCGUUUUAGGAACUUGCGCUAUGGUUUGUACCAUUCUUUGUUGGAGUGGUUUCACCCACUUUAUCUAGCUGACAAAAAUAAUGGAUUCAAGACUCAGUAUUUUGUAUUUGCAAAGACCAUGCCUGAAUUAUAUGACCUGGUAACAAGGUAAGAACCAUCCAAAUAAUGCUUAAAUAGAAACAUUUAUAUCACAACUGCAUUAUUCAAAGUAGCUUAAUUUUUUGAAUGCCUAAUGAAAUCAAAUAGCUAUCUUGUUGUAAUUAGAAUAUUAUGCAAAUUGUGCUGUUACUAUCUGUUUGAAUUAAUUUAGUUCUAUUUCAUUUAGAAAUUGCCAGGAUCUUUACUACAUUUAAAUAAAAUGACCAAUUUAUCCAUACAGGAAUAAGAGGUGACUAGAUAAGGAAAUAUACUGUCUAAAGAAAGCAGUGCAUAAUUACACAGAUGGUAUAAGUUUAAUCAAUUAUUCUUUACUGACUGUGUCUUGGAUAUGCAAGUAAAAUACCCAUAAUUAUAUGGGAAGCUGCUUAUGGUCAGAGCACAAUUUUGUAAAAUUACAAAUUCUCCCCUUUUACUGGGCAUGAUGACGGAUAUAUUGGGAGUAUGGUUACUGCACACAUACAUUCUAUUUUUUAGGUACAAGCCAGAUUUGGUCUGGUCAGAUGGAGAUUGGGAAUCACCAGACACCUACUGGAACUCUACAGAUUUCCUGGCUUGGCUCUACAACGACAGCCCGGUCAAGGUAUGUAGCCUUGCGUCUUCUGUGAUGUUUUGCAUUAAUGUGCCUGCAUGCAAUGUUCAGGAAGUUGGCCUAUCACAAAAAAAAUCUAAAUAUUUUCUUCCUUCUUUUGUACAUAUAUAUAUUACAUUAUAUAUAUAUAUAUAUAUAUAUAUAUAUGUGUGUGUAUGUGUACAAAAUUUGUACAGUUGUCUAGGAGAUUUCAUUUAACAUUCUUGUAACCUUUUUCAUCUGUACAAAAAUUAGACUCAAAUAGAGAUUUCUAGUUAUCUGAUGUAUGCGUGAAUCCUCCAAGAAUAUUCUGGUACCCCAUUGUAAGUAGUCAAACAGGUUUAGAAUCUCGGUCCCUGACACUCCUCUAGCCGGAAGUUCUCAGCUCUGAGUUAUGCACAUUGGCUCAUUAGCUGAGAACGACCAGGGCUUGGCUCAGGAGAGCUAAUGGAAGCUCCUAAGUACGAGCUUCUGGCUCUCUCUGAGUUGUAGUGGAGGCGGGGAGUAGAACCCAGUAGACACCAGGUAAGAAAUCAAACUAUUCUAAAAAAGUUUGACUACUUACAGUGAGUGGGGAGAUACAUCACUCUUGGCACCAUACCUACUAUAGCGCUCUGUAAAUGAUAACCUAUCAUACUGAUUGCAAAGUCCAUGUUAUCAAACAUUUAUUGACUUUAUACUGAUCUCUGCCUCUCUGUUCUAUACUUGUUAGUUUGCGGUAGAGAUAUAUAUUUCAAACUGAAGGAUUUAGUUGAGUUUGGAAUAAUUUAGUUUUUUACCAUUUUUCUUUAAUUUUAUUCAUAUAAAAUUAUAUAUUUAACAUGAAGGAAAACAUUUAAAGUUUAUAGAAACUGGUAAUAGUUCUAAAACUAUUGUUCCAAAUAAAAAAAGGAAAUACUGUGGACAUGUCCCAAGGUGGGCUCAAAUUGGAAAUCAGUCCACAUUGUAAUAUAUACAAUCACAGAUUCAAUCCCCCAGUUGACCCUUGACAUUUUUAAAAUUUUUGUUUUUUAAAUUCUUUAUUUUUGUUGUGCAUGGUUCUAACAGUCAGGUUUACUAUGCGUUAGUAAACAUGAGGAAAUUGAGUACAUCACUUUACAAGGCAUAUAUGUGGAACUGCACAUUUUAUGAACAUUAAGCAAAUUUGGAAAAGUCAGGUCUAUAGGGUGAGUCUGUAAGUGUAUGAGUAGUGGGGUCCUGUGGAGCUGACUAGUAGAGAACAAGUGUCUUCGCUGGAAGGGAUAGAUUUAAGCAAAGGACAUAGGCGUGCACACUGGGUGUGCCUGGGCACACCCUAAUCCCCGCACGCUGCACAUGGAUCGAGUCCGGCAGGGAAGAUCAAAAAAUCUCCCCUGCCGGCUCAAGCUUACCGAUUGGCCCCGAGAGAAGCUCUGAAGAGCUCCGUUCCGUUUGGUUACGGAGAAAAGGGCCUCCAGGCUGCACGCAGGGCAGCCCUCUCGCGAUCUCUGACAUUUUCAGAGCGUUGCCGUGGUUACCCGCGGCAACGCUCUGAAACUCCAGCUCUCGCGAGAGGAAGGCAUGGUCUGUACCCUGAAUGUAGAAGGAAGGGAAGGCACCUAGAUGCCAAAAUCCCAACUUGGGGUGUGUCGAACUUUCUUAUAGGGGAUAACCCUUGUAUAUAUACAGUAGGUAAGUAGAUAGGUGAGUAAUCCUAAGCUAAAAAUAGCAAUAGGAGCUCAAAGAAGAAAGUUCUGCAAAAAAUGCUAAUAUGACAUAUAUCUAAAAAAUAGCUUUAUUGGAAAAGGGUCUACUCAAGGUAUGAUCCCUAAUAAAAGAGACAGACUUAAUUAAACUAAAUACAACAUAACCACUAAAACGUAAUGAUAUACAUUAGGAGUAAUGGACUCCAACACAAAAUCUAGAGAGAGAGCUGGGAAGAAAAUAUCUGUAGCCACAAUACUAAUAUCGAGCAGCAAGAAUCCCUAAACACCAAUCCUGAUGUGUACAGGCCCAUAUGUGGUGAAAGAGUAAGAGAGAAAGAGACUGGAAUACAGAAUAUGUCUGUAUCUGUCUGACUGCCAGACAGGAUAUUAAAUACUGAAACAGUAUCAAUAAAGCAUUCACUCAAAUGUCAGCACGGAAACAGAGUAUCUCCUCUGUAUGAAAGUAAUUAGCUUAGACACUGCUAUUUGCAUGCGAAAAGCCCGGUCUGUCAAGGGAGAUCAAAAGAGUUGCUGACUGCUAGCGCUGCUCGUGUAAGGCGUUUCUAGCUGGUCCUGUAAAGGAAAAAAGAUUCUACUCUCAUUCUAUGCUGCUAAUCACAGAUGGCUAUUAUCAGCUAAUAUAACUAGAUAUUGGAGUCCAUAGCCCCCACCCUGUGAUCACAUCUACGAGGUGAGAAGUUUAAAAUAAAAGAAGAAAAGGACCUAACGCACGUUUCGGCGCUCAACAAGCGCCUUUGUCAAAGGUAAAUUCGAUAUGGCUCAUAACUCCGUUUAAAUAUCCCACCUCAUCCUUCAAUAGCCAAUCGGAUCCAGGGGCGUGUUCUACAGUUCGCGCCAAAAGAUGCCGACGGCAGAGGGAUGUCAAUCAAAUAUUGUCACGCCCAAUAUGUGUAGACGGAGGUGGGGAGUCUCCAGCCGAAUCAUGUUGGCAUGGAGACAGGACCUCCCACACUAUGCCGGGCGUAGAUGCCCAUAAUGUACGGUAAGGGGGAGCAUAACUACCCACACGGAGGAGAAAAACCCCCCCACACAAAUAAAACAAUAACAGAUUGCCCCUAACGCAUGUGUGUCAAAAUGUUAGAAUAGGCAAUAUGGGGACUCCUAAGGAGUAAGGUAUGAUAUGACUAGAGAUAGAAGACUGGCAAUUUGAGGAUUUCAAAUGCUCUUUCAGACACAUUUACCUAUAUGUCCAGUAGGGUUUAUCCUGCAAGUCUUAAUUUAGAGUGAAAGCAUACCUUUCCAUUGUGGGGAGGUGAUAAAAGAUCCAGGGGUGAAGAGUGCUAAAAAUAGACCCCUUACUUAGUAGAGCGAUAGGGAUGAUUAAUCCCAGGUGGAAUAAAUAUGGAAAAUGGUAUUAUAUCGAAAGAACAGAAAGUAGUGAAAAUCUCAAAGGAGCUAUUAAAGUGAUAGAGUAUGAUUAAUAGCAACACAACACAUAUCUUUAUACAUAAACUCAGUUCAUCAAAUUUCAAUGAAUGGGGUAAAGGUGAAACCCUCAUUCAAUCCUUUAGGGGCUAGUGUAUCUAGCCUGUAUAUCCAAUAGCAUUCCCUUCUUUUAAGGAUCUGAUCAAGAUCACCCCCUCUUUUGCCUAGUGCUACCUUUUCCACUCCUGAAAACUUGAUGCAGUUAGGGGUAUCGGGAUGCUGUAUUCUGAUAUGUCUGGCUACUGGCGUAUCUCUGUUCGAAGUUACAGAGUGGACAUGUUCCAUAAUGCGUUUCUUAAAUGGGCGUAUAGUUUUGCCUACAUAUUUUAAGCCGCAUUUGCAUGUCAGUAAGUAGACGAUUCCUGUAGUAUUGCAGUUAAAAAACUGUCUUACAUUAAUUGUGUCAGAGUCAGUAGAAUUCGUAAGAGUUUUGGAACCUUUAGCUAUGUACAUACAUGCAACACAACGCCCACAUUGGUAUGUGCCCUGUAUGUUCAUCCAGGUGGUAUUAGAUUUUUUAAGGCGAGAGAAGUGGCUAGGUACGAGUAUUUCUUUCAUAUUCCUGCCUCUCCUGGCUGUAAUGGAUACUUUCGGUGGGAUUAUGUCUUUAAGGUGGAGGUCUUGUGUGAGUAAUGGCCAAAAGCGGCCGAUCACAUGUCUCAUUUUGGUCCAACCCGCAUCGUAGUUGGCUAUACAUCUGAUGAGUUUUUUUGACUCCAAGAUGGGUUUAUCUUGUAACAAUUCCCCACGGUUACAGUUUAAAGCCCUCUGGUAGGCCUGUUUUAGACAUCUAAUCGGAUAUCCUCUCUGUUUAAAUCUCUGUCUUAAUUCAGUAGCUUUAUGUUUGAAGUCCUCAGUGGAUGAACAAUUCCUUCUUAACCUCAGGUAUUGACCCACCGGGAUUCCUCUCUUUAAAGGAGUGGGAUGAUAGCUUUCCCAUCUCAGCAAGUUAUUUGUGGACGUGGAUUUACGAUAUAGAGUGGUCUCAAUAUCACCGUCCUUAGCUAUCCUGAGUGUACAGUCAAGGAAGUUAAGUUCCUGAUCACCAUAUUCCAUGGUGAAUCUCAGAUUGAGAUCAUUCGUAUUGAGUGUUUCCACGAAGGUAUUGAAGUGAGUUUGAGUACCCGUCCAAAUAAUUAGGACGUCAUCUAUGUAUCGCUUCCAUAGAAAUAUGAAGUCCGUAAAUUUUGAAUAUUGCUCUGAAAAUACAAUCUCUCUUUCCCACCA